GUGGAAAUCAGCAUUUGUGUUUUGAUGGGAAGAAAAAGUCGCAAGAAAAGAAAGAUAAAUCAUCGGCGGGUGUUAUUUUGCAUUACAUUUGUGAGUGGUAGCUGUGAGGAAAAUUGUAAAUUGCUGUGGAAUUCAACAGUGAAUUGUGUGAGACGUCGAUUUGCUACAAGAGAUCGGGAGCAGAGUGUCAGUGAAUUCGAAGCAGACAUCUCCGUGUGAAAUUCCAGCGUGGGGCAAUGGAAGAGGACACGGAAUUCAAGAAGUUGCCCGUUGAGGAACGAUGCGUCCACAAGCUGUGGAAGGCUCGUGUCUCUGGCUAUGAGGAUGCGACAAAACUCUUCCGGGAAUUUGAUGAUGAAAAGUCACCGGAAUGGAACAAAUUUGUCGGAUUGGUGAAGAAGUUUGUCGUGGACAGCAAUGUCAUGGCACAGGAGAAGGGCCUCGAGGCCACAUUGGCCUUUGUUGAGAAUUGCGGCUUUGCCAGCAGGACUGUUGGGGAGGUAAUGUCGGGCAUUGUGUCCAAGUGCAUUGGAGCACCUAAAGCAAAGACAAAAGAUCUUGCCGUUCAAAUAUCUCUCAUGUACAUUGAGAUUGAGAAGCAGGAAAUGGUGAUGGAGGAAUUGAUAAAGGGGAUGGAGAAUAAGAAUCCAAAAAUAGGUGCGGCGUGUAUUGCCGCCACGACGCUGGCACUCCGGGAAUUCGGGUCAAAGGUGAUUGCGGUGAAGCCGAUUGUGAAGAAAAUAGCCACCUUGCUGAGUGAUCGGGAUAAGAAUGUGCGCGAUGAGGCGAAGGUGUUGACAAUUGAGAUUUAUCGGUGGAUCGGUGCUGCACUCAAGACGCAACUAACAUCCGUUGCGGAUGUGCUGAUGAAGGAGCUCGAUGGGGAGUUUGAGAAGAUGAAAAAUGACAAACCCGAACCAACGCGGUAUUUACGGUCGCAGCAGGAGAAGGCAGCUGUUGCAGCAGCUGCCGCCCACGCGGAUGAUGCGGAAGAUGGGGAGGAGGGUGAUGAGGGAAAUGUGAGUCGUGAAGUUGAUCCACUUGAUUUGGUGGAUCCCGUGGAUAUUCUGUCGAAGAUCCCAAAAGAUUUCUACGAGAAGGUUGAAUCGAAAAAGUGGCAGGAGCGAAAAGAAGCUCUGGAGUCCAUUGAGAAGCUCGUGCAGCAUCCAAAACUCGAAUCCGGUGAUUAUGGGGAACUCAUAAAGGUUCUCAAGAAGAUCCUAACAAAGGAUACUAAUGUCGUCCUUGUUGCAUUAUCAGGGAAACUCAUAGCAGGACUCGCGAAAGGUUUAGGGAAGAAGUUCUCUCCGUAUGCCGUUGUGUGCAUUGCGGCAAUUCUCGAAAAAUUCAAAGAAAAGAAAGCAAAUGUUGUGUCAGCACUGCGGGAGGCAAUUGAUGCCAUUUAUCCAUCGACAAAUUUGGAUGCAAUCCAGGAGGAUAUCCUGGAGGCGUUGAAUAAUAAGAAUCCCAGUGUGAAGUCAGAGACAGCCUCAUUCCUGGCGCGCGCCUUUACAAAAACCCUCCCGACGGUUCUCAAUAAGAAAUUGCUUAAAGCGUACCUAACAGCCCUGCUGAAGACACUCAAUGAAUCCGAUCCAGUGGUGCGUGAUGCCUCAGCCGAAGCCAUUGGGACGGCAAUGAAGUUGGUGGGUGAUAAGAAUAUUUCGCCAUUCCUCACGGAAGUGGAUGCCUUAAAAAUGAAUAAGAUUAAGGAGUGCUGCGACAAGGCGGUUAUUGUGAUAAAGAUAAGUAGUCCGAAGAAGGAGAGACCCGCAACGGCACCCCUGAAAUCCGCCGCAGCACCCAAGGGGGGUUCAACGGAGCCUAAACCCGUGGCAAGACCCGCCACGGCGGGUGGGAAGAAGCCCGUGGUGAAGAAAGUUGGUGGGGGUUUGGCAAAAUCCGGAAGUUUGGCCAAAGUUCCGGGAAAAAUGUUACCCAGUGAACGGGAUUUGUCGCAGGAUGAGGUGGAUGAGAAGGCGGCAGAACUCCUACCACCGGAUAUCCUUUCCGGGCUUGCUGAUGGGAACUGGAAGACACGCUUGAGUGCCGUUGAAUCCCUCAUUGGGAUUGUUGGGGAUAUUGAUGCAAAAAGCGGCGUGUCGCAGGUUUUGACGCGUGUUGUGUUGAAGAAGCCCGGACUGAAGGACACCCACUUUCAGGUACUCAAGUAUCGUCUUGAUAUCAUUCGAACUGUGGCCGAAAGGAUGCCCAUUACGGUGACAACGUGUGAUUAUGCGGUGAAUGAUAUUACGGAAAAGUUGGGCGAUGCAAAGAGUAAUGCAUCCGCUGCGGCUGCCUUGACGGCCAUUGCGGAGGCUAUAACACUUGAGUAUGUUGUCUCGAAGGUCAUGUCUUUUGCCUUUGAGCAGAAAUCCCCAAAAGUUCAGCAAGAAUCUCUCGUGUGGGUGAAUCAGGCUCUGCGGGAGUUUGGCCUGCAAAUUAACCCCAAACUCCUCGUUGAAGAUGCCCGGAAGGCAGUUCAGAGUAUCAAUCCGGCUGUUAGGGGAGCCGGGAUAGCUCUACUGGGGACAAUGUACCUCUUCAUGGGUCAAUCCCUCGUGGUGGCUUUUGAGGGGGAAAAGCCGGCGCUUAAGCAGCAAAUUAUGGCGGAAUUUGAGAAGAACAGCGAUCAGAGGCCACCAGUUCCAACGCGUGGGGUGAAGAAGAGUGCCAGCAAGGGAUCUUUGUCUGACAAUGAGGAUGAUGGUGAUGACGUCCAAGAGGUUGCUGUAACAUCAACAUCAGACCUCUUGCCACGCAUUGACAUCUCCCCGCAGAUCACAGAGGCCCUUCUCAAUGAGAUGGCCGAUAAGAAUUGGAAGACACGCAAUGAGGGCCUUAUAAAGCUACAGGGAAUAAUUGCUGAUGCAAAACUAAUAAAGCCAUCAAUUGGGGACCUGCCUCAGGCCCUAGCUCACAGGAUUGUGGAUAGUAAUGCAAAAAUUGCCCAAAUGGCCGUGGCAAUUUGUGAGCAACUCGCAACGGCAAUUGGUCCAGCGUGUAAGCAGCAUAUUCGUGUCUUAUUUCCGGGUUUCCUUCAUGGUUUGGGUGAUAUGAAGUCCUUCCUAAGGAAUGCCUGCCUUGCUUGUAUCAAUACUUGGGGGGAGACGUGUGGGUACAAAGAGUUCUUCGAAGGGGAAAUGAUUGCUGAGGCCCUCAAAACGGGUGGUCCGGGUCUGAAGACAGAACUCUGGGGAUGGUUAGCGGAGAAACUUCCGGAUUUACCCGUUAAAUCCAUUCCAAAGGAUGAAUUGGUUGCAUGUCUCCCCUAUUUGUAUGCAAACAUCUGCGAUAGAAAUGCUGAAGUGAGGAAGAAUGCAAAUGACGCUGUUUUGGGUAUUAUGAUUCAUGUUGGGUAUGAUACGAUGCUGAAGGCAUUGGAUAAGCAGAAACCGGCCUCGAAGAAGGACAUUCAGGCAGCUCUGGAUAAGGCCAGACCCAAUUUACCCGUCAAACCGCUCCCAAAGGGGAAGCAACAGGCCCCAAUUGCUGAUGAUCCCGUGAAGACAGUUCGUGGUGGGGGGCAGAAGGUGGGCAAACCAGCAGGUGGGGUCAAUGCUAAGGCUCCAGCUGCAGCGUCAUCACGCAAAAAGGACGAAGAUGUCGACACAUCGCCACUUUUGGCCAUCAACAGCACAAAGAAUCAGAGGUUGAUUGAUGAGCAAAAGUUGAGAGUGUUGAAGUGGACCUUCACGCAACCACGUGAAGAGUUCACGGAAUUGCUUCGUGAUCAAAUGACAACGGCUAAUGUGAACAAGGGGCUAAUGGCUAAUAUGUUUCACGAUGACUUCCGCUACCAUCUCAAGGUGAUUGAUUCCCUAAUUGAGGAUCUCCCCGUGAAUGAGAAGGCGCUCAUUUGCAAUCUUGAUCUCAUUCUCAAAUGGAUUUCGCUGAGAUUCUACGAUACAAAUCCUUCGGUGCUGCUCAAGGGUCUUGAGUACCUAAGUAUGGUGUUUCAGGUUCUUAUUGACAAUGAGUACAUGAUGGCUGAGAAUGAGGGUAGUAGCUUCAUUCCGCAUCUCCUGAUAAAGAUUGGUGAUCCAAAGGAUGCCGUAAGGAAUGGCGUGAGGUCGCUCCUUCGACAAAUCUGCCUUGUCUAUCCGUAUACAAAACUCUCCACGUACAUCAUGGAGGGUCUAAAGUCGAAGAAUGCUCGUCAACGAACGGAGUGUCUCGAUGAACUGGGUUACCUCAUUGAGGCAUACGGGAUGGCGGUGUGUCAGCCAACCCCACAGGCAGCACUCAAAGAAAUAGCCAGACACAUCUCAGACAGAGACAAUUCCGUUCGUAAUGCAGCUCUAAAUUGCAUUGUGCAAGCCUACUUCCUGUCUGGUGACAAAGUUUACAAGAUGAUCGGGCAGAUCUCCGACAAGGACUCCUCAAUGCUCGAUGAACGUAUUAAGCGAAUGAAGAAGACGAGAGCGCUGAAACCUCCGGAGGUUGCUCCAGCUGGUAAAACCAUUCAGCAAAUACCGCAGCAGGAGAUUAGAGAAACGGAAGAGUUGCCUUGUGAGGAGGAACUACCUCCGGAAGAUGAGCAGCCACCGCAGCUGAUAAGGACAUUUGAAUCUCAACCGUGUAAACCUUCCGGACCUUUCCGGCUGGAUCCCGAGGUGAUUGCUGACAUUGAGAAGGGUUGGGUGAAGGUGGAACAGAUGCAGUGGAAGGAGCCACCGAAGAUUGAUGUGGGCUUCCUCGAUAGUCCCCUGAAGAUUGUCACGCGUGAUGGUGUUGGCUACCCGAUGGAUAAGCUGCAGAAGUUGAUGACGAAUAAUCCGGCAAUGUACAGCAACUACACAAUGAGUCCGCCACAGUCGCAGCAACCAUCACGUAUUGGGAGUGCCUACAGUCCACAGAGGAAUCAACCAACAUCAACGGUGGGCCCAAAUUUGGCGGAUACGCUGCCAAAGUUGGAUCCGAAUCUAGUCAGAAUUGUCUGUGCUGUUGGUUCACCGGAUUCCCUGACGGCGAGAGCGGCUAUAAAUGAGUUGAAUGACAUUAUUGCCAAUCCCGAGCAACAGGCUGUGCUGCGGGACUACGAGGAGAUGUACAUUCAGAGCAUUCUCAAGCAAUUCCAGAAUCUUUCGCAACAACCAAUUGCAGAAUCGGUCAUUAUGUACCAACCACUGCUGUCGAGUAUGUUCUCCUUCUUCAAUUCCAAGCAAUUGGGGAAGAAUUUGAGUGUGAUGCACGUGAAGAAUGUCAUGUCGAUGCUCCUUGGGUUGAUGACGGACCAAAAGUUGGCAAAUAGUGGUGAUGGGAACUACAUGAAGGUCCUCAAUGGGAUUUGUCUCAAAAUACUCGACAGGACGAACUUUACAAAUCAAAACUGCGCCCUCAUUCGGCUACUCAAGGAAACCUGCUCCAGCACGGGAUUGCCCAAAUUCACGGAUCUCCUCAUGAAGUGUAUUUGGCGGAAUGUUAAAGUUAUCCCCGAGCGUUCGAGUGAACUGGACUACGAUGCUGUCCUCCUGGAAGUGCAUGAAUUCAUGGUUGCCCUGCCGAGUGCAUGGUGGCACCAGAGACCAUCGGACACACCCUUGCGGACAAUCAAGACGAUCAUUCACAAUAUGGCAAAGGUCAAAGGCAAUGCCAUUUUACAGCAUCUCAACAAAAUUCCCUCCCAUUCUGAACUCUAUGCCUAUCUCAUUCGAAUACUCAAAAAAGACGGCAGUUCGAGUGGAAAUCCAACGAAUGGAAAUUCAAAUUUAGUCUCACCACAGCGUGGGAGUCAGCAGCAACAGCAGGGCGGGGUGAAAGAUCAAAAACAGCGAAUGACGAAACAAAUGCACGACUCAAUUUCCUGCAUUUUCAAGCUCAUUUCCGACACGCAAACCAGCAAGGAGGGCAUAGCGAUGCUCUAUGAUUUUAAGCUAAAAAAUCCCGAAGUGGAUGUCGUACCAUUCCUCAAAGGUGCCAGUCCGACGUUCCAGAAAUACAUUGAAGAUGGUCUGGCGGAAAUUGAGCGGCAGCGAAGUGCAACGGCGGGAGGAGAUAAUAUUUCUCAAAAUAUCUCAUCAACAACUGAUACAAAUGUCAAUAGCUUCAAUUCGGACUACUGGCUGGAGAAGUUGAAUAGCAUGAAGGUGAAAUCUCGAGGAGGGGCAUCGAGUACCAAUUACGAUGGAACUCCUCUGCUCGAUAAUAAGGCAGCUGAUGAGAAUUUGAAUGUGAAUCAGCAAUUUGGUGGUAAAUCGACGCUGUCUCUUCUGAAGAAGGAAAUGAAGCCAGAACCAAUUUCAUCAAAUCGUCUUGAAUUGCUCCAGCAGAAAUUAGCCCAAAUACGUCAACCCAAGUAGAGGAAGAGAACACAGAAAUAGAUCUUUUAUUUUUUUUUUGUUUAAGCGAGUUGGGCAUGAAAAAAGAAAACCAGAAUUAAUAUUUUCAAUUACAUUUUAUUUAAUUUUUUUAAUUUGUUUCUUUAGGAGUUUGAAUAUAAAUACAAGUUCGUUUCUUCUUAAAUGUGAGAAUUGCUGCGUAUCCCAAGAAUUGAAAUACUGAUUCACAUUUUUUUUAUUCAAAAUAUCUUUAUCUUUUUUUUUUAACAACAAGAAAAAAUCUCUAAAUUGCAUUUAUUGUGUCUCUGCUUUAGUUUUAUUUCUCUACACAAGACACACAUUUACUCUAUAUAAUAAAAUCUAUGAUAUAAACACAUUUUUCUCUCUAAAUCUUCAUUGUUAAAUUUAAAGAAAGAAUAUUAAUUUAUUGAAAGAAGAAAAAACCUUUAAAAAUGAAAUAAAGAAAAUCCUUUAGUUGUAUUGUUGAUUGAAACCUACGACCAAUUUGUGUUGCAAAAAAGUGUGAAGAUGGUGGUAAAAAAAAAAAGAAAAAUGAAUCGUGUAGUAAAUGUUUAUUGAGACUAAAUUAUAAAGAAAAGGUAUAAUAUUUAUAUAUUAAAAAAAAAAAAGAGAUCACCUGAAAAAUUUUCUUGAGCAAUUUUGUGACACUUCACGACUUCUAUAUUAUACUUUAUAUUACGCGUAUAAUAAUGUUGGUGUAAUGUUAAUUCCACACACACACACCCAUUUUUCCAUUUUUUGUGUUUUUAUUAUGAUCAUACAAGUUCGUUAUGUUUACCUCCCUCCGCAUAAGAGUCCUCCAGAAUUUUUCAAAAAUGUGUAUUAAGAAAAAGAAAAGAAGAAAAAAAAACAAUAACUAUUCAUACUAAAAACACUGACUUUACUAUUAAAAUCUAAGUAACAAAUAUUAUAUAUUCUAUUUAAUGAUCAUGAGUAGUUUAAUGAGAAAAUAAAAAAAAAUAGAAGCAAAAAAAAAGAAUUAGAAAACCUUUUUUUCUGAAACUAACAAUAAUGAGCGGAAAGUUUUAGGAGAAGAAUAAUAUCAGAAGGAUGUAGUAAUAAAAUUUUACUAGUAGAAGUGAUUAUUCAAUUUUUUAUUAAAUAUGAUUUUUAAAAUUG